GAGGGAGUCGUUCUGUCCCGUGCCUCUGAGCUCUGUGGUUAAGAUGGCGGCAGCGGAGACUGAGGGGACGAAUCCGUGAGGGCCUGGCUGGAGCUCGGCGGCGAAGGAGGCAGGGCAGCCGGGUUUAGCCGGGCGCGGCGCAGCGCAGGCGGCAUGUGAGCGAGAAGCGGAGGAGGAGGCGGCCGGGGGCGCUGGCGGGGGCCCGGGACGGGAGGAGAGCGGGGAUGGGCCAGCAGGUGGGCCGCGUCGGAGAGCCGGGCGCCGCUGCGCUCCAACAGCAGCCAUCGUCGUCUCAGCAGCAGCAACAGCAGCCGCCGCCUCUGUCCCAGCCCCAGUCGAGGGGGCUCCGGGGGAGCAGCGGCAGCGCAGCCAGGCCUUCCAGCCGGCGGCGUGAAGCGGCCGCCCCCCGAGGCGCCGAGAGCGGCUUCAAUAUCUUCACUCAGCACGAGGCUCUGCACCGCCCCUAUGGUUGUGACACUGAACCCCAGGCACUGAAUGAAGCCAUCAGGUGGAGCUCUAAGGAGAACCUGCUUGGAGCCACUGAGAGUGAUCCCAAUCUUUUUGUUGCACUUUACGAUUUUGUAGCAAGUGGUGACAACACACUCAGCAUCACCAAAGGUGAGAAGCUACGAGUACUGGGUUACAAUCAGAAUGGUGAAUGGAGUGAGGUACGUUCUAAGAAUGGGCAGGGAUGGGUGCCGAGUAACUACAUCACCCCAGUGAACAGCCUGGAGAAGCAUUCCUGGUAUCACGGACCAGUGUCACGCAGUGCAGCGGAGUAUCUGCUGAGCAGCCUCAUUAAUGGCAGCUUCCUUGUUCGGGAAAGUGAGAGCAGCCCAGGGCAACUGUCUAUCUCACUCAGGUACGAGGGACGUGUUUACCACUACAGGAUCAAUACCACCGCGGAUGGCAAGGUGUAUGUGACAGCAGAAAGCCGCUUCAGCACAUUGGCAGAGCUAGUUCACCAUCACUCGACAGUAGCUGAUGGCCUGGUGACAACCUUGCACUACCCAGCACCAAAGUGCAAUAAACCCACAGUCUAUGGCGUAUCCCCCAUCCAUGACAAGUGGGAGAUGGAACGAACGGACAUCACCAUGAAGCACAAGCUUGGAGGAGGACAGUAUGGUGAAGUGUAUGUUGGGGUGUGGAAGAAAUACAACCUCACAGUUGCUGUGAAAACACUCAAGGAAGAUACCAUGGAGGUGGAGGAAUUCUUGAAAGAAGCUUCUGUUAUGAAGGAAAUCAAGCAUCCAAAUUUGGUGCAGUUAUUAGGUGUGUGCACUCUGGAGCCUCCCUUUUACAUAGUGACAGAAUACAUGCCAUACGGGAAUCUGUUGGACUACCUGCGGGAGUGCAAUCGGGAAGAGGUGACUGCUGUUGUCCUGCUGUACAUGGCCACUCAGAUAUCUUCUGCUAUGGAGUAUUUGGAGAAGAAGAAUUUCAUCCACAGGGAUCUUGCAGCUCGCAAUUGUUUGGUUGGAGAAAAUCAUGUGGUGAAGGUGGCUGAUUUUGGCUUAAGUAGACUGAUGACUGGAGACACAUACACAGCUCAUGCUGGAGCAAAGUUUCCUAUCAAAUGGACAGCACCUGAAAGUCUGGCCUACAACACAUUCUCAAUCAAAUCGGAUGUUUGGGCCUUUGGAGUGUUGUUGUGGGAAAUUGCCACCUAUGGGAUGUCGCCCUAUCCUGGCAUUGAUCUGUCUCAGGUUUAUGAUCUGUUGGAGAAAGGUUAUCGGAUGGAACAGCCUGAAGGUUGCCCCCCAAAAGUCUAUGAACUCAUGAGAGCAUGCUGGAAGUGGAAUCCCCUAGACAGGCCUUCAUUUGCAGAGACUCACCAAGCCUUUGAAACGAUGUUCCAUGAUUCCAGCAUCUCUGAAGAAGUGGCAGAAGAACUUGGAAGGACAGCAUCUUCUUCAUCCAUAGUCCCGUAUUUGCCCCGAUUACCCAUGCUUCCUUCCAAGACCAGGACCUUGAAGAAACAAGCAGAGAACAAAGAGAACAUCGAAGGAACCCAAGAGACAGUAGAGCAUUCUGCUUCCAGCUCUGCACCAGGUUUUAUCAGAAGCACACAACAGACAAGUGGAUCCCCAGCACUACCUCGCAAGCAGAGAGACAAGUCACCCAGUGGCCUCUUAGAAGACACCAGAGAGACAACUUUUACCAGAGACAGGAAAGGUGGCUUCUUCAGUUCCUUCAUGAAGAAGAAAAAUGCCCCCACACCUCCAAAACGCAGCAGCUCCUUCCGUGAGAUGGAAAAUCAGCCACACAAGAAGUAUGAGUUGACGGGUAAUUUUUCAGCACUUGGUCCUUUGCAGCAUAUUGAUGGGUUUUCUUUCACCCCCUCCCAGCAGGAUGGAAGCCUUUCCUCAUCCAAGUGCUAUGUUGGGGGCUUUGCACAGCGGAACUUCUAUGGUGGUGAGGAUGGCUGUGGUGGUGGCAGCAGCACCAGUAGUGGUGGAGGCACAAGUACUAGUAGUGGAUGGUCAGGCAUCACAGGCUUCUUUACCCCACGCCUGAUUAAAAAGACACUAGGUUUGCGAUCUGGGAGGCCAGCUGGCGGCGAAGAAGCUUCAAAGCCUUUCCCUCGUUCCAACUCAACAUCUUCCAUGUCUUCAGGGCUUCCUGAGCAGGAGAGAAUGACAAUGACCCUUCCAAGAAAUUGCCACAGGUCAAAAGUUCAGCUGGAAAGGACAGUGUCCACCUCCUCUCAGCCAGAGGAGAGCACCAGCAAGUCAAAUGACCUGCUCCCUAAAAGGUGUGAAGAAGUCCCUCCUGUGACCAGAGACAGACCAAAAGCCAAACUUCUGCCAAGAGGUGCUACGGCUGUUCCUCUCAGGACCCCUUCUGUAGAUACAGCUGUUUCAGAGAAGGACUCUCAGGGGCAGACAGCAACAGCAAGCCUGAGAAGUAAGGAGAAGAACAGUGGUACGCGGCAAGGGUCAGUAGAAGGCGAAGAAAAGUCGGGCUGGUCUUCUCCAGCCAAGGCUGCAGCAGUACUUCCAACCACUCAUAACCACAAAGUGCCAGUCCUCAUCUCACCCACUCUAAAGCAUACUCCAGCAGAUGUGCAACUCAUUGGCACAGACUCUCAGGGGAACAGGUUCAAGCUCUUAUCUGAGCAUCAGGUCACAGCUUCCAGUGAAAGGGACAGGCCCAGGCGGAUAAAACCAAAGUGUGCCCCACCUCCACCACCAGUCAUGAGGCUCCUACAGCAGCCUCCUGCUUGCUCAGAUGCAAUGGACGAGUUGAAUAAUGGAGCACUGGUGCAGCAUGGGCAAGAAGCCAGUGAGGGCAGCAAAAAGGCAGUGGUGGCACCCGCCAGUGGGAAAACUGGAAGGCCUAUAAUGCCUCCACCUCAAGUGCCUCUGCAACUGUCUUCCACCUCACCUGCCAAAAUGGCAAAUGGCACAGCAGGAGCCAAAGUAGCGCUGCGAAAGACCAAACAGACAGCCGAGAGAAUCUCAGCAGACAAAAUCAGCAAAGAGGCUCUGCUGGAGUGUGCAGACCUCCUCUCGAGUGCCAUCGCAGAGCCCACCACAAACAGCCAACUGGUGGACACAGGGCACCAGCUGCUGGACUACUGCUCAGGCUAUGUGGACUGCAUCCCCCAAACACGCAACAAGUUUGCCUUCCGAGAAGCGGUGAGCAAACUGGAACUCAGCCUGCAGGAGCUGCAGGUGUCCUCAGCGGCUGCUAGUGUGCCUGGAGGAAAUCCUGUACUUAAUAACUUAUUGUCUUGUGUCCAAGAAAUCAGUGAUGUUGUCCAGAGGUAGCUACUGUCAAAUCAUUUGGUUAGGAGGAAGCAUAUGUACACCAACUUGGGGGAGGAGACGAGUCAGGAUGACUUCUUCUGGGGUUUUUUCCUAUGUCGAUGCUUUCAAAAGGAAAGACUGAUACUUGAGUGAGUUUUAUGUGAAGUACCUCAGAUCACUGAGCUCUCAUGUUUACAGUUUCAUCUCAGUACAUGGGGCAGAUGGGAGGGAAGCCAGGCUUCGUGAGGGUCCGAAGAUUGCAGCUGACAGGAGCAGAAUGUGUCCUAGCCAGAAAAUGCAAUCUCCUUGCGUCUGCAAUAGAAGGGCUUAUUCUCUCAUUCCUCUUCCAGAAGGCAGGCGAAUCCACAGUGGGGUGCUUGGUUUGGGAAGGGCUUGCUGUUCUCUUUGAGGUUGAAUUAUGGAAAGCGGGGAGGGGGGGCGCUUCCUUUUCUGCACUACUGCAUGUUUCGGCCUCCAGAGAUCAUGGCAGAAAGGCUCAGAGGCUUUGUUUGGAACUGGAGUUGGCUGACCUUGCCAAGAGGGAGAGGAUUAGUUGUGGGGAAGGUCUGUCCUAUUAAAUGACAUUUGGAGCUGCUGGAAGUGGAUGCACUAGCCCAUAACUUCCAUAGUGCAUUUUGCUGCUGUUAAUAAGAGUUGCAAAAAGUGAGCUAAUAUAUGAAACAUGUCCUUUUUUGCCCUCCUCCUCAUGGCCACACUUCCACUCCUUCACUGCUUCUUGGGUGAUGCUGGGCAGACUUGCCACUGGAUUUCACCUCCCCUCACACACCCCCACUGAAGCACUCAGACAGAAACUGAAGCACUCAGACUGAAGCACUCAGACCAGAUCGCCAUUGGGUAGUGUAGCAUGGGUAUCUAAGCUGGCAAUCACUUGAGUAGUUGGGGGCUGUAGCACAAACUUACCAGCAUGUGUCCACAAGCUGUUCAAUGAUACCUGUUUUUAAACUUUGGUACCACGCUGGCUUCCUUGACUUGAGGGGCCACCCUGUUAAAGGCAUUGCAGAAUGCUGCUGCUGCUGCUCUCUACAUUCCUUUUUUCUUUUCCAUUUUUUUGUGUAUGAGAAGUGCUGACGAAUCCAUCUGUUUUUGAUGGAACCAGAGAAACAUAGCUGUGUCACACCAGAGGUUAUAAUGUCUACUAUUAGGCUUAGAAAUGGUUUCCUGGGAUUACCCAGUGCUAGAGGUUUUGCCCUAUUCUCAAUUUCAAGACACUGUUUUGUUUUCCACGAAAUGCACUGAAUGUGUAGCAUGGUUGUGGGGUGGAAUCCAGUGGGAUGGGUGAUGACAUCACUGUUCAUUGGGGGCUAAGGACGAAUGGUCUCCACCUCAUCAUUUACAGCUAAAUAAAGUGUGAUAGCACUUAGCUGCUUUUGGGCCUGGUGCAGAAAGGAACAGUGACAGUUUUUCCAUGGUGAUGGAAUGGCUGUGUCCCCCUCCUUACAUUAGGCUAAUGUCAAAUGCUGCAGAUACCCAAUUUGCAGCGUCUCCCCUCCCUCCCCUUUGAAGUGAGAGAAUCUGGCAUCCAUAUGGAGCACUUGCAUGAUAUACGUAGCACUUGCUGGGUGGUCAGAACUCUUCCAUCUCACAAAGACUGAUGCCAAGUAAGUGUGUGAACUGGGUCUUGGUUGUCCAUUCUGGCUUCAGCUGUUUUUCUGCCUCCUGCAGGAAAUUCCCAAGAUUUCUAGAUAAUAAAUACAUAUUAUUAUCUACGAAUUGCAUUUAACACGUACUGUAUUCUAUAGGUUAAGUCCACAGUGUGCUGCUAUUCAUGAGAUCUUUCUUUAACAAAUGCAAAAACAUGAAACCUCAUUUUUGCCUGAUACAAUAUGUAGAAGUCCGUCCUUCCCACACCUAAAAUUUUGUCAUAGCUGAUGUCACUGUAGUGAAUGGUUGAAAGAAAUUGAAAUUGCUCUGACAAGUAAUCUCUCUCCUUCUCAUGUGUGAUAAGGGAAUUCCUGCUCUCAGAAACCCACCAGAUUAUCUCAUUUGUGCUGCCAUGAUGUGCAUCUCCUCAGGAUAUACUUGGUGGGGAGGUAUGUAUUUCCUGUUUGGGAGUUGUAGUCUCUUUGCCCCAGACUAGGAAGAACAGUCCAAAUCCUUGCACAGUUGUCAGUCAUUUUUUUAAUCCUUUGCUAGCAGCAUUGGUGGCAUGACAUUUUUCAGGGUCUAGUUUGCUAUGCACCUUAAACUUUUUAAAACUUGGGGAUUAUACUUUUAAAAUGUUAUGAUAAAAUUUUUAAUGCUGUACUGUUCUUAUAUUUUAGUCCUCAGCGGUGGAAGGAUGUGAAUUUGUUGUGCCAAGAGACUUUGGGGCUUUCUUUUUAUUAAAAACAAGAAGUGUCUUCUCCUAGGAUUCAUUGGAGAACCAAAAUGACAUUAACUGGCAAUUAUUCUUGCUGCUCUAAUUGGUGCAUGAGGGUGGGAAAGCGAAGGGCGGCCAGUUUGUUUCAUAGUAUUCACUGAGUGAAUGCAGAGGGGGCAACAGGCCUAGCUACACAUUACUUUCAUCCCAUCAGAGUAGCCACGUGUAAGCCAGGCUCUGACUGUGAAGGAUUUUAAAGGCAGCUUCUACUGUAGACUGGUAUGCAAAUUCACACUAUUGACUGCCAUUGUCUCUCUGUUGUUGAUAUCGCUCUUAAAGUAGGGAAAGUAUAGGCAUGGCUUCUUUUAAACAGGGUAAAUCUUUGUUCUGGAUGUCAUCUGCAAUCAUUCUGAAGUCAGGUCCUACUUUUUGGUGGAGAAGACCCUCUCUGCUAACCCUUAACUAAUCCAGUAAUAGAAAUUAGGUGCACUGCUCCAGCACAACUGUUUCUCCUGAUUUGCAAGGCCCAUUUCAGAGCAAAGAGAAUCAAACAGCCACCACCUCUGCAUUUCCUUUUAUGUCUGCAUUCUCUUUGUCCGACCUAUUCAUUUCCAGGAAUAAAUAUGUGUCCCCUACCUAAGGAGAUUUAUGAAAUGAGGUCAUCUUGAAGGAAAUGUCUUUUGAGUUGCUUAAAUCUACUGAACACUAAUGCUCUCAGGAGAAGGGAGAACUUCUUAUGUUUUAUAAUUUUGCAUAAGGGUGAAGGUUGUCAUCUUUGAGCUUUCUUGAGAGGUUCUACAGCAAUGCAAGAGAAAACCAGAGUUCAUGUCCUUGUUCUGUAAUUGUCAUGAAAGGUAUAGCAUAGCAGUGCACCAUUAUGCAUGUCUUGCCAUGUGAAUCCCAGUUUUCAUACUUUUCAGCAUGGAUUUCCCAAGGAUACAUCUUCUGUCACCAGCUGGAAGAUGCAGUGCUAGAGGCUGCUCUGAUUUAUCUACAGAUAAAAGCACAGAGCCUUAAACCUUGUCUUAACCUGUACUGGGUUUGGGUGGUUGUUUUAAAUACUUGAUGCUAAGAUUUAUACUUUGAUUCCUUGCUCCUUUGUCAGUUUUGUGCUGCUGCUACAGUGGGAUGAGAGACAGGAUUGUAGAUCUGUGCCAUUCUGCACACUUUGAGAACUUUUGGAACUCAGUGACUUGCUUUUUUCAAGUGGAAAGACUAAAACGCUCACAUCCCUACUUUGACGUAUUAGAAAUCACCGUUAUUUUCCCUCCCAGCUUCAAACAUUUUGGGGGCAUUAUGUAGUGGUAUUGAAAUUCUCUGGAUAAUCUACAUCAGGGUUGUUAAGUCUAGAAGAAAGAAAACUUAACCUCUGGCCUUUUUCAGGAACCAGCUGUGUCUUCUCUUCCCUCCCUCUUGGUUUUCUUUGGUUCUUGUUUAGCCUCUAGUUACAGCCUUGGUAGUUGUGCACAUGGCUUAAAUACUCAAAUGCAUAGGAACUGUUGGGGUUGGUGGAGAGGAGAGAUCAUGAAUGGCAGCAACACUACUAGCUGUAAAGAAAGAUGAGGUCAUUGUAGAGUAGGGGUUUCCAGUCUCGGGUCCCCAUAUGUUUUUGAACAACCACCAAAAUGCCAUUGUAGCUGGGGGUUUAUGAGAGUUGUAGUCCAACAACAUCUGGGGACUCAAAGCUGAAAACCUCUGUCGUAAAGGAAACUGCAGCUGGACCCCAUUCCCUCUUCUAUUUGUCUGACCCUUUCUGGAACUUUCCACAAUCCAUUGGCGGGGGAGUAUGUGAAAUGGACCACCUGACAGCUGACAUAGUCCAUUUAUGGGAUCCCUCUUGUGAGACACCCCUGCCCUUGGACCGCUGUAACAACACAUUAUGUGAAUGUCUUGCACAUUUGAUUGCUUCCCUACUGAUCUGAGUUUACAUGCUGGUGUAGGAACGAUCUCUCAGCAUAGCAUUCACGUGCUUUUCAAAAUUACUGUGCUUGCAUGGUCCUUGUGGCCAGAUUCCCUCAGAACUGUAAGGUGUGAAUCAGCCCCAACACCCAUUCUCAAGCAGUUUCUUGCACAUCUUGUGUCUCAUUCAAACUGGACUUUGGUGCACUUUUUGACACUUAACUGGAGAGGGAGGCUGCUGCACCCAUGCCCCCUUGCAUUUUUUGCAUUGAGGCACUCCGCUUCGGUCCUUUAAAUCAAACUACUCCUUUACCACAAAAGUUCCUUUGAAAAACAGUAACUUGUCUGAGAAGCCAACAUCAUCUAAGCAAAGUCCACAGGAGGCUUUAGCAUAUGGGGAAAAUCCUUGAGCCUGUGGACUGCAGAGUAAGAGGCACCAUCUUGCUCCUCUUCUGCUAUGGACUGGACUGGAGUUUGUAGAACUACUGUCCCUGAUGCAGCUGGUUUUAUAGCAAGGUUGUGAUAAUGUACAUGUUCUCUAGGAAGGUUUCCAUGUGCGUUGGCAUGCUGUGACACGUGCUUUGCCUGUGGACCGUAAUUGUGACUUUUGAAUUCAGAGGUUUCUGAAAGCUACUGUCGGUAGUAGAUUGUCAAAGCAGUAAACUUUGAAAGCAUUCCAAACAGGUGUAUUUCCUGGAAAGCAGCAGGGUUUACACAGUCUCUGAUGAUGAUUACAUGAUGGCAUCAAAUUCUUUCUCCCUUAUUCACAAUUCUUGUUGUCUGUUUGCCAAAAACCACAACACAGGCCUUAACUCUUCCCUUAAGGCAGGGCUGCACAACGUUGGCCCUCCUGCUGCUGUUGGACUAUAACUCCUAUCAUCCCUGCCUGUGGGCCACAGUGGCCUAUAGGUAGAAAUGCUGAGAGUUCUGGUCCAGCAGCAGCAGGAGGGCCAGUGUUGUGCAGCCCUGCCUUGAGCUCUUCACCCAAUGUGAAAAAAUAAGUUGCAGUAAGUAUUUGUACUGCAGUAACUGGGACCAUUUCAUACAUAUAGCCGAAACAAAUGGUAAACUAGCUUCUCUUGGACUGAACUACUUAAGAAUCCAUGUGGAGGAUGGCAUCCUAAUAAUGUGGCAUCUUAAACUCUUUAACCAUCAAAACUAGCAGUUUGGAUAAAUAACUUCAGCCUAACAUUUUUUGCAAGGAUGUUCAAACGUGCAAACCUUGCCCCCAUCCCACACAUACACAGCCUCAGUUACUCCAGUCCAGAAAAUGCUUUACCAUUUGAUUUUGCUGAUAGUAUAAACUGGCCAUAAGCACUAAUUGGAUGUACUGACUAAAUCACCUCAAUGGUGUCACCUUGGAGCACAAAUUUCCUGACUAGACUAGCAAUUCUCCUUCUGUUCCUUUGUAUGAAGGACCACCUUCUUCCGCCACCUGUCCCCAACUCAGUGUGCAAUUGGCUCUGCACAGCUAGUUUAGUUUUGAUUCGCCUACUAUGAAAAUGUGGCCUUUCUCCAUAUUCCAGAAGGGUAGCAUAUUGCAAAUGCCUAAUCUCUCUGCAGUUGCCUAAGACAAAAGGGGCCCAAGAGUGUGUGGUGCAAGGCAGUGGAGGCAGGGCUUUCUUCUGGGGUGGGAGGAGAAAGAGGUGGCCAAGGGAUCUGAUCAACCCAGCACUUAGUUAAUAGUUGAAGUCACUGAGGAGAGAAAUUGGGUUAAACCAGAACCAUGCUGAUGUCUCUCACUCGCACACAGACACACACCCCACACUACCAGUGUUGUUGAUUGUUCUUUUGUUUUUUUUAUUUGUUGUAAUAUAUUUGGGAUUUUUCUAAUUUAAAAUUCUCACUAUUGCCUGACUGUGAACUGCAAACAGUGUUAACUUGAUGUAAAUAAGGGCCCUUUGAGGGGUGCCUCUGCCUGUUGUUCCACAAAGAUUUUUGCCAAUGUGCAUUUUGUUUUAAAUAAAAGUUGCAAUAUUUUAUUGGCAAAUAAA